AUGGUGAAGGACGUGUUUGGCUGUAAAUGUGAAACGGCAGAGAUAAAAGGGGUUGGGGAAGGAGAAUUUUCUUGCUUAUGUCGUAAGAAUCACGUUGCAGCACCACUUGACUUUCUUCCAGGUAAAUUCAUCGUCACUGAAACGGGGCAUUGGCCUUUAAUUGCACCCUUACCAUCUUAUGGAAGAGGGAGGGAGCUCCCUGGAGCAAGGUAUAUCAGUUUUCUCCAUGGAGAUGGACUUACUGAUGUGGUGAUCACAGGUGAGAAUGGGACAAUUGAUGGGCAAGGAGAUGUGUGGUGGAACAUGUGGAGGAAGAAAACACUUAAAUAUACAAGACCACACCUUGUUGAAUUUAUAAAUUCUCAAGAUAUUCUUAUCUCAGAUGUCAUUUUCAAGAAUUCUCCCUUCUGGAAUAUACAUCCAGUUUAUUGCAACAAUGUUGUGGUUCGAUAUGUCACAAUCUUGGCUCCUCCUGACUCUCCUAACACUGAUGGAAUUGAUCCAGAUUCAAGUUCAAAUGUCUGCAUAGAGGACUCAUACAUAUCCACAGGAGAUGAUCUUGUGGCAGUGAAGAGUGGAUGGGAUGAGUAUGGCAUUGCCUACGGUCGCCCUAGCUCCGGCAUCACCAUCCGGCGGCUGACCGGAUCGUCGCCAUUCGCCGGCAUUGCAGUUGGCAGUGAAACCUCUGGUGGGGUGGAGAAUGUGCUAGCUGAACACAUCAACCUCUUCAACAUGGGAGUAGGUAUCCACAUCAAGACCACCAAAGGCAGGGGUGGGUUUAUCAAGAACAUCACAGUGGCUCAUGUGUAUGUGGAGAAUGCAAGGCAAGGAAUUAAGAUUUCAGGUGGGGUAGGAGGGCAUCCAGAUGACAAGUAUAAUCCUAAUGCUCUCCCAGUUGUGAAGGGCAUCACAAUAAGGAAUGUUUGGGGAGUGAAAGUUAAGCAAGCAGGUCUGAUAAAUGGACUCAAAAGUUCCCCUUUCACUGAUGUUUGUUUGUCUGUUAUAAACUUCCAUGGUAUGAAAGGACCAAGAGCUCCUCCCAAUUGGCAGUGUUCUGAUGUCUCUGGAUCUGCUUAUCAGGUUAACCCUUGGCCAUGUUCUCAGUUGAGCAACCAAGAACAUGGAUCAUGUGCCAUUUAGAGAUUUUCAAUCUCUUAUAGUUUUGUAAUAAUUGAGUGUUUCUUUCAUUGAAUUUUUAUACCUAUAAUCCUAUUGUAUCACCAUGUUUCCAACUAA